AUGGCCACCAAGGAAGAGGAACGGAAAGGCUCGAGCGAUUGGCGGGAAUUCUUCUGGAACCCACGGACGCACGAGUUCCUGGGCCGAACCGCGGCCAGCUGGGGUCUUAUCUUGUUGUUUUAUCUGAUCUUCUAUAUGUUCUUGGCGGGGAUGUUUGUUCUGACCAUGUAUGUGAUGCUGCUGACGCUAGACGACUACAAACCUACCUGGCAGGAUCGCCUGUCCACCCCAGGGAUGAUGAUUCGUCCAAAGGGAGACCAGCUGGACAUCAGCUUCUCCAUCUCCAACACAGAGAGCUGGGACUACUAUGUCCAGAACCUUAAUACAUUCCUAACAUCCUAUAACAACAGCUAUCAGGUUCAGACCAAUGAUAACUGCAUUCCAGACCAGUACUUUAUCCAAGAGGAUAGUGGAGAGGUGAGGAACAAUCCAAAGCGUUCCUGUCAGUUUAAUCGCACCACGCUGGAAGACUGUUCUGGGAUGAUUGACCGUUUCUAUGGUUACAACGUUGGGCAGCCCUGUGUGCUGAUCAAACUCAAUCGGGUUAUUGGGAUGUUGCCAGGGAAGGAUGGCCAGUCCCCAUAUGUCAGUUGUGGAGCCAAGCGAUACUGGGUCGACAGGCUCCCGUGGAAAGAAGACAGUGAGAAGAUUGGACAGCUUGUUUACUUCCCAUCAGAUGGAAUCUUCAACCUCAUGUACUAUCCUUACUAUGGCAAGAGAGCACAGGUGAACUACACGCAGCCCCUGGUGGCGGUGAAGUUCCUGAACGUGACGCUGAACACGGAUGUAAACGUGGAGUGCAGGAUCAACUCCAACACCCUGGCUGAGGGCGGAGAGAGAGACAAGUUUGCUGGGCGAGUCGCAUUUAGACUACGAGUCAACCAGUAG